UACCUUUGCCAUCCCCAUAGAAAGCCCUGACACCGCAGCUUCUCCUGCAGCUCCCAGUCGCCAAAAGAUUCCAUACUGCUGCCCUGCACAGCAUUCUAGAACGAUAUGGACCGCACACGGUCAACUUGUGUAAGUAGAACAAGGGGCGGCGCCGUAAAGUGCGAAGUGGGAGAGGUGAAAAAAGGCACUUCCUGGAGGGGGUGGGUACAACACGUCAUCAGUGUGCUGCUACCAGGGCUGCAAGGAUAGAGAAAAAUUGCAGAGGUGAGUAAAUACUGUCUGAAGAAGAUUGCAUGGAAGGGGUAUUAAAAUACAAAGAGAAGUUGGGAUUAGACAGUCAUAUAUCCAGGGAGGCAAGGUUAAAGAAGUGUUAUGCACAGCAGACUGUGUAUGGCUAGGGCUAUAAAUAUUUAAAUUCUUUAGCCUGACACAUGGUGGCAGGCAGGGCAGCCAGGCGAACUUUGCCUUUCAGCAAAUAAUGCAAUGGAGAGAAAUGCUGUGCAAUCUAGGCUAGAAGUUAAGUAGAACUGACAAAACUAUUUUUAGGUACAAGUGAGGCGAGUGCACACUCUCAGUAUAGCCAAUCUAAUUUACAUUCAACACACGUUACAUUGUAAUUCCUAGCACUCCUUUCUCACAACAGGAUCACAGCAAACAGAAAUAAUGAAUGGAUUUGCCUUUAGAAAAUGAUGAGUCUUUGGGAUGAGGAUGCCAUGUGAAGAAACUAGAUGGUGUAGGAAUUGUUACACAUGUAGUAUAUCAAAUUAGGCAGUGAUGUAUAUGUAAAAUAAGUAACAUGGUAAAACACGUGUCUGGUUGCUACUUACAAAUUAUUCAAACUACUAAUGUCCAGACAUGGUCUACACACCAUAAUAUUCUGUUUAACCCUUUAAGGACCAAACUUCUGGAAUAAAAGGGAAUCAUAACAUGUCACACAUGUCAUGUGUCCUUAAGGGGCUAAAGAGAAAUUGUCAAUUCUUUUUGGAAAUCACAUUGUUGAAUAAAACGACGAAGAGGUGAACCUCUAACACAAGUUAAAAUUUUUGUGUGAUAGAUCUAAUUCUUUUUCCCUUCUUUUAAAAUACUUAUUAAGGUUUAAGCAAAUUACCUCACAAUCCACUUCAUUUCCGGCACAACUAGGGCACGCAAUGCAAAUGAAGAGUAGAACAGAAAUCUUGUUCUGGGGGUAUCCUAACUAUGCUCAAUGUUGAAAAAGGGCAACAUUUCUAACUUGAUUGAAAGUUAGUUCCAGGAUAAUCGUCGUGGAUUUCAAUAGUGCUGGUGCGGCUGUCCCUGCCUUACUCUGCCUCUGUGGCUGAGAUCAAUCUUGGAAAUCUCAGUCAAGGCUAUUGCGCACGCACAGCAAAACUCUAUGCUGCACCAAUCUGCAUCUCUAUAGGGAACGUUCUGGACACCCGGAAGUACUUCUAAUGUCCGUCUGAAUGUUACUAUUGGUGUUCCUAAGCAGCAAUGUAAACACUGCCUUUUCACUUAAAAGGCAGCAUUUACAUUUAAAAUGCGGCAGGGACACCAGAACCACUACAUUAAGGGAAUUAAACUCAAAAUAAGCAUUGCCCCUUUUUGAGACAUUGUAGAGACUACAUUAUAAAUGGCCUUUAAAACAAAUUAAACACAAACAUAUGGCAAUUGUGUUGUUCUCUUUUACGUUGAAAUUAUGUUGCUGGUUCUCUCAUUGAUUUUGUGCUAAACUAAUUUAUUGCUCUGGGAGUGAGGGAUAGUGAUAUACCGAACGGUUCGCCGAACAGUUCACCACGGAUGGUGAACAUAUGACCCUGUACCUCACAGUCAGCAGACACAUUCCAGCCAAUCAGCAGCAGACCCUCCCACCUCCUGGACAGCAUCCAUUUUGAAGCUGCAUUCUUAGUGAGCUGUCCAGGAGGUGGGAGGGUCUGCUGCUGACUGGCUGGAAUGUGUCUGCUGACUGUGAGGUACAGGGUCAUAUGUUCGCCGUCUGUGGCGAACCGUUCGGGACAUCACUAGUGAGGGAGUGUAGGGUGGAACCAAGCUAUGAAUAUUUUAAAUGGCACUCGUAUUAUUGUGUUGGUGCACAAAAAAACAUGGAUUGUGCAGAUUUCUUUGCACGAUGCAAUCUUGCACUUUAGGUGUUUGCUGUAAUGUCCCUUUUAAAUGUACGACAAGCAUACUUUAAUACAGAUCUGGGAUCUUUGCUGUUAUCUGCCUUUCACUCUCUCGGAAUUUUAACGUUUAACCGUUAACUCAAUUGAAUGUUCUGCAACGGUGAAAGUCCAUGAGUUGCUCUUGAAUCAUUAAAAUGGUUAGUUGGUUCUGUUCGGUGGUGUUCCUAUAACCCAUUUCAGUAAUACAUUUCCUUGAUUUAUCGACGUUUGAAGACCGAGGCCAUACUUUUCCUGCAAGACAAAGAAGCUUUACAUGCGCAAAGAAAUUGCUCUUCAGGUCAAGAGCAUCGUUCGGAAGGAGGAGAUGGAGAUGUUAUAAAAGAGGAUGCCCAGAAGAAAUACCUUGCUAAGGAUUCUUUUGUUGAUAGAGGAACCAAGAUUGACCUUAGAAAUAGACAAAAGCUUAUUUUGUAAAAGAAAAAAAAUACUUUGGCCGUAUAUUGCCAGAGCAAUGGAUUUUUGGAAUUUGCAUUUCAAACGAUUCUUGAAGAGAUCGUAGUGUAUUGACCCCAAAGUAGCUUUGCUACAUAACUUAUGAUCUGUAUUUCUGAAACCAUUUCAAAAUGUAUUCAGGUUAGGAUAGGUUAGGUCCAAAUUCCCAAAACAGCUACAUAAUUUUAUACUAGAUAUUUAUUAGACUUUAUAUUUCUUUCUAAACAGUUUUAAAAUCUAUUAAGGUUAGGUUCAAAAUAUCAAAAAUAGAGGGGGGCAGAUAACAGUAAAGAUCCCAGAUCUGUGAUAAAGUAUUUCUCUUGUAAUACAGAUUUAAAACCAAAAUUUAUCCAUAGUUCAGUAAAGCAAUUAGAUAUCACAAAUAUCCUGGGAAAUCUUUGUUUUUGUUUUUUAUACUUUUCACCUUGGCUCGAACAUUGUCCUUAAUGUUUGUAAUCAUUAAUAAACAUUUGUUUAAAAAUUAUCCGAGCUAGAAAUAAUUUAACUAAUGUCCAUUGCAGAUGCCAGUGGCAGUUGGACCCCAUGGGCAGUCACAGCCCAACUGCUUUGACAGAGUGAAAAUGGGCUUCAUGAUGGGAUUUGCAGUGGGUAUGGCAGCUGGAGCUCUAUUCGGAACAUUUUCGUGCCUAAGGUAAGCAAAAAAUCAGGCUGGCUUCUCUUCAGUUUGGCACAAACAGAUUUAGGGCAACAUCCAGUAUUACACCAUGCAGCCUUGAGAGAUGUUGAAACUUCUUUAAAACAACCAACAUUAAAAGAAAUAUGAUUAUCUAUCCCUUUCUCUCUCUUCUAAAUGCAUCUUAAAACCCCCCCACUAAUUUUCUGUUUUUAUUUCUUUACCUUUAGAGAUUUUUUUAAUUUUGUGUAGCCAGUAAAUUCUUCUAGGAUCAUGUAUUUAAUAACCUUUAUACUAAAUUUAUGGUUGUCCUGCUUUUGUAAAUUCACCAUGGUGUAAUUUUUUUAUGUUUUUAGUUCUAAAUGGAAAAGACUUAAACACUUAAUGUUGGAUCACUAUUUCUGUUAAUUUUAGUGCACUUGUAGGAAUUAUAAUACAGUUUAAUAGCUGUAUACAAACUGCUACGCUAAUGUAUAAGUAGCUUUACACACAGUGGAUUUUUCUUUAGUUUGCCCCCAAAGCAGUCUUAAUGCUCAAUUCUCUAUAUAUGUACAAAUAAGCAAUACACCUAUUUUUCAGAAUUGGAAUGAGAGGACGUGAGCUCAUGGGUGGCGUCGGCAAAACAAUGAUGCAAAGUGGUGGCACCUUUGGAACGUUCAUGGCCAUUGGGAUGGGAAUUCGAUGUUGAUCUGCUUGUUGUCUCUUGCUUGUUAAUCGUUCUGUACAAUAAAUCCAUAAAGAAUUUCACCCAGUU